CGUUUGCCGAAUGUCGUCUGUCUAGCGUUGAGUUGAAUGUCGUCAUGAAGCAUCGAGACCUACCAAAUUGUAAAGCCAGAGUCAAGCAUCGAAAGACCUCUGAUGAAAGUGAAAACUCACUUGACGAGGGGACAUUUAAAGACACAGACCGUCCAGCUUUGUUCGGAACAAGAGCUUCAUCGCCCGCCCGCGCUUUAUCAGGAAGAGACAAGAGAACUGAAAAAUAUGAGCACAUGGAUAUCGCCGCAUGUUUGAACCUUACGGAUAUCCUGCAGCCUCUUCGUAAACUUCUCUUGAGCAAGAAUGAAAAGACGAAAAAGGCUACAGUCAAGCUCCUAGUGUUGUGCGCCGAUCAAAAUGAAAUAUAUCCCUACAUACUCGACGCGAACACACCUGCUAUGCUGGAGAACAUUCGCACAUUUAACAGCUGGGAUGUCCGUAAAGAAUACAUACAUCUGCUCUCCGCCUCUCUUGAUCAUGCUCAACUUUGCGAGAUUGUAUUCACCGACGAUGCCAUUGCAUACUUUAGACAGAAGGUUGACGAAAAACCUGUCAUGGAGCUCUUGAAACGCGCAGUCAAGAUCGGCUACCGAACUGAGGACCAAGAAAGGAAUAUAAGACCGUUACUCGAGCUUGCCCUCGACUAUGGUAAGGACAUCUAUAUUCGAGACAUAAGUUUUAAAUGGCUUUUAGCGGAAAUCAGACGCAGGAUGUUUUUGGAGGAUGACUUGGAUUUGGCAAACAAGUGGACACAAAGUGACGACAAGCCUAGACGCGAGGCUCGAUGGACAUUAGCACUCGCA